AUGGAUAACAUUCCGUUCACCAAGAGGUCUUUGCGCAAUCUGUGUGGGAAGAUAAAUAGGGAGCAAUCAGAUGAUGACGUGAGGAAGACGAUAGAAGUGUUUGCAGUUGCAGUAUACCUUUUUGGAGGUGUGUUAACUUUUGACACGACAUACAGGACAAACUUGUAUGACAUGCCUUUCGGGCUGUUCGUUGGAGUUAACGAUCACUUCCAGAGUAUCAUUCUAGCUGGUGUGCUUGUUCGAGACGAGACAGUUGAGAGCUUUGAGUGGGUGUUCUCUGAAUUUCUAAGAAUGAUGGGUGGAUCACCACCAAUGACCAUACUUACAAACCAGAACCGUGCCAUGGAGGUGGCAAUCAAGAACAUUAUGCCAGACACUACAUUGGUGGUGCAAGUGGCAUGUGCUGAAGAGAUAAAAAUCGUCCCGCAGCAAAAAAAACGCCCCCCACCCCCGCACGACCUCCUCCUUCUCCCGCACGACCUCCUCCUCCUCCUCCCGCAGCCGCGUCGUUCGCCUCCCGCAGCCGCGCCCUUCACCGCUGCCUCGCGCCGCGGGUCGCCGGGAGCCUCCCAGCUGCGGGAGCCCGCCCCACCGCGGGUCGCCGCCUCCGCCCGCGCCCUUCACCGCUGCCUCGCGCCGCGGGUCGCCGGGAGCCUCCCAGCUGCGGGAGCCCGCCCCACCGCGGGUCGCCGCCUCCGCCCGCGCCCUUCACCGCUGCCUUGCGCCGCGGGUCGCCGGGAGCCUCCCAGCCGCGGGAGCCCGCCCCACCGCGGGUCGCCGCCUCCGCCCGCGCCCUUCACCGCUGCCUCGCGCCGCCAGAGCCACGGGAAGCGGCCGCGGGUCGUCGGGAGCCUCCCAGCCGCCGGAGCCGCCCCGCCGCGGGUCGCCGCCUCCGCCAAGCCGCCACUCCGCCACCGCCACGCAGCCACGCUGCCACUCCGCCGGAGUCGCAAGAUUUCGGAAAUUUGUAGUCCAAGCAACUCAUAUUUUGAAGUUUUGUUGCUUACAUGUCUCCAUUGGAGAAAAGGGACCGGGCUAAUUGGAACUACAGAUGGCCACCGAUUUAAGAACUCAUCUCCACAGAGUGCAUACAUAAUAUUUCCUAUGUCCGCCUUUAGAAGGUUUGCUGCCAUACUAUCGAUUGACAGUGCUUUUAUGCGUUCUUCUUGACCGUUGGUGGACUCUAUAUGAAUACUGCU